AUGUCACCAGCCAACACUAACAUGUCACCAGCCAACACUAACAAGUCACCAGCCAACACUAACAUGUCACCAGCCAACACUAACAAGUCACCAGCCAACACUAACAUGUCACCAGACAACACUAACAUGUCUCCAGGUGACACUAACAUGUCACCAGCCAACACUAACAUGUCACCAGCCAACACUAACAUGUCACCAGCCAACACUAACAUGUCACCAUCCAACACUAACAUGUCACCAGCCAAUACUAACAUGUCACCAGCCAACACUAACAUGUCACCAGCCAACACUAACAUGUCACCAGCCAACACUAACAUGUCACCAUCCAACACUAACAUGUCACCAGCCAAUACUAACAUGUCACCAGCCAACACUAACAUGUCACCAGCCAACACUAACAUGUCACCAGCCAACACUAACAUGUCACCAUCCAACACUAACAUGUCACCAGCCAAUACUAACAUGUCACCAGCCAAUACUAACAUGUCACCAGCCAACACUAACAUGUCACCAGCCAACACUAACAUGUCACCAGCCAACACUAACAUGUCACCAUCCAAAACUAACAUGUCACCAGCCAAUACUAACAUGUCACCAGCCAACACUAACAUGUCACCAGCCAACACUAACAUGUCACCAGCCAACACUAACAUGUCACCAUCCAACACUAACAUGUCACCAGCCAAUACUAACAUGUCACCAGCCAACACUAACAUGUCACCAGCCAACACUAACAUGUCACCAGCCAACACUAACAUGUCACCAUCCAACACUAACAUGUCACCAGCCAAAACUAACAUGUCACCAGCCAACACUAACAUGUCACCAUCCAACACUAACAUGUCACCAGACAACACUAACAUGUCUCCAGCCAACACUAACAUGUCACCAUCCAACACUAACAUGUCUCCAGGUGACACUAACAUGUCACCAGCCAACACUAACAUGUCACCAGCCAACACUAACAUGUCACCAGCCAACACUAACAUGUCACCAUCCAACACUAACAUGUCACCAGCCAAUACUAACAUGUCACCAGCCAACACUAACAUGUCACCAGCCAACACUAACAUGUCACCAGCCAACACUAACAUGUCACCAGCCAACACUAACAUGUCACCAUCCAACACUAACAUGUCACCAGCCAAUACUAACAUGUCACCAGCCAACACUAACAUGUCACCAGCCAACACUAACAUGUCACCAUCCAACACUAACAUGUCACCAGCCAAUACUAACAUGUCACCAGCCAACACUAACAUGUCACCAGCCAACACUAACAUGUCACCAGCCAACACUAACAUGUCACCAGCCAACACUAACAUGUCACCAUCCAACACUAACAUGUCACCAGCCAAUACUAACAUGUCACCAGCCAACACUAACAUGUCACCAGCCAACACUUACAUGUCACCAGCCAACACUAACAUGUCACCAUCCAACACUAACAUGUCACCAGCCAAUACUAACAUGUCACCAGCCAACACUAACAUGUCACCAGCCAACACUAACAUGUCACCAGCCAACACUAACAUGUCACCAUCCAACACUAACAUGUCACCAGCCAAUACUAACAUGUCACCAGCCAACACUAACAUGUCACCAUCCAACACUAACAUGUCACCAGACAACACUAACAUGUCUCCAGCCAACACUAACAUGUCACCAGCCAACACUAACAUGUCACCAGCCAACACUAACAUGUCACCAGCCAAUACUAUGAUGUCAUUGAAGCCUUUCCAUUGUCCUGAAUAA